AUGGUCUUCUGCUCACAGCGACAGCCCGAGAGCAUCUACCUGCAUCCGGACCGGCACGAUGUGACAUAUCGCAUCGUCAAGCUCCUAGAUGAACAGAAGCACGCAAUGGUACGCUUCCUGCUUGCUGGGGAAGAGGCCCUGGCUGCUGGUCCCCUCCCCAUCAUUGCCGGCAGCGAGAACAGAUGCAGGGUUGAUCCAGAGGAAGACAUGCGUAUCACAGGCAUUUAUCGGGACUUGUGGGAGCGUAAGCCGUGGCCGGACGACGCGUGGGACUUCCGGCUCCGCGACGUGUUCGAUCCGUUGAACUAUGUCACCGAGCAAGACUGGCUGGAUUCUGCGGGCCGAGCAAUGGACAGGAAGAUACGGAUCGACGAAGAGCGGUUUGGAGGAGACGGUAGGGAAUAG